UCUACAUGCAUUUCAACUCGCUACAGGACGUAUUUCUAGAAGUAGUAUUCAAAGCUAAAGAAUAAUAUGUCUGGUCGUGGUAAAGGAGGAAAAGGUCUCGGAAAAGGGGGUGCAAAGCGUCACCGAAAGAUCCUUCGUGACAACAUUCAAGGUAUUACCAAGCCGGCCAUCCGUCGUCUUGCUCGCCGUGGCGGUGUCAAGCGAAUCUCUGGUCUGAUCUACGAGGAGACUCGUGGUGUUCUCAAAGUUUUCCUUGAAAACGUUAUCCGCGAUGCAGUUACAUACACCGAACACGCUAAGAGGAAGACUGUGACAGCCAUGGAUGUGGUUUACGCUCUGAAGAGACAAGGCCGCACUCUGUACGGAUUUGGCGGUUAGACUGAAGUCUACGAACACAGAAAACGGCUCCUUUAGGAGCCACCAGAUUGUUAAAGUGAAUAGCCGACUUGUGAGCGACUAACUCAGCUACCUUUCUCCUCUAUUAAAGUAGUCAACAAAGAAAACACUUAAUUUGCCCUCACCUCCAAAUUUUCAAUAAAGUCAAAAGCGCUGUGAACCUGGAUUUUCGUCACCUUUUAUCGGCCCAAGUAUUUGUGAGCACGAAACUUCUCGACGAAAUGAUUAGUUUUCUCAUUUGGAGUUAUCUUGACUUGUAUACAAUGAAACCGAUCCAUUAACUUCUUUUGAAAACUUUUUGUACUGUUGUAAGUUUUCCCUAAAUAUCCUGAAGCACUUGUUAAGUGACAAGCAGUCAAUUUUCCUCAGAGUAUCUCAACUGAAUCAAACACCAAGUUCAAAGGAAAUCACUAUCUAUUAAAGAAGCUGGACUGUUAAAACAUA